UUGGCAGUCUGUUUUUUAAGUUUUCAGCUUAGUGACGGGCAAACAAAUAUCCAGCGGAAGCGUCUGUAUCCACAGGCGUCUACGAACCACAUCGCCAAAGAUGUCAGAAGAAAAGCUAGACGCUUUCCUAAAAAAGAAAGAGAAGAAGAAGAAGAGAAGAUUUAAAACAUUUAGUGACGAUGUAGAAAGGGUGACCAAGCCUCCUGCACAGCCCAUUCCUCCAGUGCAACAGGAUGAUCCACAGCAGGAAGAAAUGGGAGCAGUGGGAGGACAAACGCAGAAGGAGGCUCCCGCAGAGCUUCACUCUGAGAAGGGGACCAUUCACCCAGUUUCCAACUGGUCAGUCGAUGAAGUCUGCAGUCUGAUAAGCAAACUCAGUACUGACGAAAUCGCAGAAACCUUCAAAGAUGAAGAAAUAGACGGAGAAGCUCUGUUAAUUCUUGAUGAACUUAACCUUCAAAGAAUGAUCCCCAAGACCGGGCCAAGGCUUAAACUGAGCAAGGCCCUGGCAAACUCACUCAUUGAGUUGAGCAAUCGAGAACUUGAUGCAUCUCACCAAAAAUCAUCAAGCACGUCUGAGAAGGGGGGCCUUUACGUCUUUGUAGAUGACUCCAACAUAUGGAUAGAGGGGAAAAAGGCAGCGGUUAAGCAAAAGAAGCUCGCUUGCGACGAAGACCCACGUCUUAGAAUUGAGUAUGGUAACUUUAUUGAUGUAUUGUCAAGCAAGGAACGUCAAAUGUCCAGUGUCAUAGAGAUUGCAAACAUGUAUGGGUCUAUACCACCUCCCAAUGAUUCUUUGUGGGAUAAGAUGAAGGAGAAGGGUUGGAAAGUGGACUUAAAGGAGAGAAGUAAAAUAACUGGAAAAGAGAAAGCUGUUGAUGCUCAACUUAUGGUUGAUGCCACCUCUUUUGCUGAACAAAAGAAAGACACUGGAGGGACUAUUGUUCUAAUUUCUGGGGACAAAGACUUUAUUCCACUUAUUAACAAAGUUUUGGAGUAUCCAACUUGGAACGUAGAGGUAUGGAUGUGGGAGCAUGCCCUUUCCACUAGCAUCAAAGAUCUGGCGAAGACUCGUGAUAGGAUUAUGGUUGAGAGCCUUGAUGACCACAUUGAAUCGAUGACAUUCACUGAGUAUAGGUUUGAUUGGAAACAAUGCCAUCCGUCCACACUGAAUAAGCAGGCCUAUGUACUAAAGGGGGCUAUGAUGAGCUAUGUAAACUCAACAUGGGUCUAUGCAAUGGAGCAAACGUUUCCCUGGCCUUACCAGUAUGACUAUAAUUGGUUCCGAGAGAGGGGGGAUUUGGUUGUAACAUUCUCACCUAGAAAUGAGGAGAAGUUCUCAGACCGCUAUUUCACAAAGUCCAUCAACAAAGUCAAGAGAGAAAGGCAGCUUAACUGCAAUGUCACAGAGAGGUCAUUCGAUGUUAUCACUUUUCAUGAGUAUAAGCAAACGCUUUCCCCUGAAGAAAUGAAAAGGACCAAGAAACAGAAGACGGUGUCCUCUGAACGGUGCCGAUACAAAUUUUGGUGUCACCAUGGGUUACGUUGCUCCUCCACUCACAGUGAACGCGAAAAGGAGCACUUUAAAAAGCGCAAAAAUCAUGACCCACGAUACAAAACACAAUUGUGUCGCUACAUUCAGACACACAAAUUCUGCUAUAACACAGACUGCCGCUAUGCACACGGAGAGGAUGAUGCUAUUUGCAACAAGUGUUAUGACAAAGGUCACUCAGAAGGUAAUUGUCAGGCUAUGUAGAAUGAGUGUUCUUGGGAGG